GUUUGUAUAUAAAAGGUUGCGGAAAAUAAGCCCGUUAUACUUGUAAACUACAUCACUGCUGUAAACCAUAGCAUAUGUUGACAAUUAGGGAGUUAGACACUUUUUGAAAAACAACAAAAAUGCCAAAAUCUUUCCUAAUUAAGAAAUAUAAUAAACGGAAUAGAAGUUUGUGUAGUGCCAAAUUACAAACAUUUCGGGAUGAAGUUAAAGAAGAUGAUAUUACGUUAAAUGUAGCUGCCUCAAGCCAAGAUGAUUUGAAUCUUAAGGAUAGUGUUAUUAAAGAUGUGUGUGCAGAUAUUGCAUCUAGACCAGAAUUGGACGAAUGCCAGCAGCGUACCAUAUCUGAAGAAAAUGGCGGCAAUGAAUGCAGUACCGAAUGUCAAUCCAUGGUUCUAAAGCAACAAGAUAUGCCAACUAUAAAGAAACCCGAGAGACAACGAAUGUUUCUACCAUUGAUUCCGGAUUCUGAUCUUUAUCACUAUGUCCAACACCCACCUAAAACGAACAUCUACAGUCCUGUGUCGCCAUUAUCUAUAUUCCCAUUUAGACAACAUGAAUUGUGUUCGCCUAUGUCCACUUCGCCUAUGUCGCCGUGUUCUAUAUCCAGUCCAUGUUCUGAUGUAUCCAUGGAGUAUAACAGCCUUAGCAACAGACUUACUCCUGAUAUAUGUACGGACACACUAUGCAGAAAAACAGAUAUUGAUCUCAAAAUAUUACCGGGCGUAGAGCUUGUAAACGGAGGUUACGGAAUAAAGAAUCCAUUACUGGCACAUGUUCCACAAGAUCUGACGACAGGCCAUGUCAAACAGACCGAAGACAACAAAUAUAUAUGCCGCAUGUGCAAUAAAGAAUUCAGUUUACAAAGACUCCUAAACAGACAUUUGAAGUGUCAUAGCGAAGUGAAGAGAUUUCUAUGUACGUUCUGUGGGAAAGGGUUUAAUGACACGUUCGAUCUGAAACGACACACGAGAACACAUACGGGUGUGCGACCGUACAAAUGUGAUAGAUGUGGUAAAGCGUUUACACAGCGAUGCUCUUUGGAAUCUCACGGUAAAAAAGUCCAUGGCGUCAGUUUUGCAUUUGUACAUAAACAGCGCAGACGGAAGUUGUACGUGUGUGAGGACUGUGGUAAUGCAGAGUCCGAUCCAGGAUUACAUUACCUCCAUCUCAAAAAGUUUCAUCCUCAUAAUCCUGUGUUGAUGAAAUUCUAUGAUAAACGCCAAUUUAAAUUCGAUGCAGAUCUCCAAUCCAAUGGUACCAGAUGUUACGAACAAUCAAGAGACUAAAUACAUUUAUGUUGAAUUGUGUGUUCAAGUAUACAUGGUGCUACUGUAGAAUGCAAUGUUUAAUUGUGUGUGGUUAAAGAUUUAAUCGGUCAUGUCUUAAAUCAGAUCAGCAACGAUAUAAUAUAUUUAAGACAUGUUUCGUUACCUUUGAAGUUGGUACAAUUUUAUUUACAUUCUUGGAAAAUCAUGAAAAUAUUGUUUCGUUUUAUGGUUAUGUGUUUCUAAUAUGUUGACUUAUUAUUUGCCGGGUAACGUAUGUUCCUCUCAAUUGCUGCUCAGGGAUAUGACUGUGUAAUUGAAUAAAGGAUGAUGCAUGUAUACUAUAAAUGGCGCCUCAUUUGGUCAGGUGCUCGUGCGAAUCCCGUGUUUACCAUUCCCAUAUAUGUUUAUACUUAGCCUUACAUUGCUCAAAUGUAGUAUUGGGGUCUCCCACCAUCUUGAAUCGUAAAAAACGCAGUAAAAUGAUCGCUCUAGAUUUUCAAGGAUCCAGUUAAUUUGUAAAAAUCUUCGUUUGAAUAAAAAAAAGAUUUUGUGAUUUAUCCUAGUAUCAUUAAUACUGUUCUUACAAAAACAUAAUAUUUUUCAUUAAUUAAAACAAACUAAAACUCAGCCGUAUAAGAGGAGAUAACUAAGAUAAUCAUUUUUCUAAUGAAGAAAUGUUAAAAAAAACCUUCUACGUGGCGAAACAGCAAGUAUAUUCAUUUGAUUUUCUUUUUUAACGUUAUUAUUAUUUCUUAUUCAUUUUAUUUAUCGUUUUUCAUUUAACAUAAAGUGCUAAUCAUUGGUGCAAAAUGCAAUGUUAUCAUCAGACGGUUCCCGUGCAAUUCGCAGGUCUGUGUGCAAUAGUUUGAAUUCACACUUGCAAGUUUUAUCAACAAUGUAAAUAUAUAAUCGUAUGUCUUAGAGUAGAUAUCUUUAAUUACCACAUCAUUUUGACCUACAAAAAAAAUCGUUUUAGCUGUAAAUUUUUGUUGUUGGAACUUUCUGCCUAUCAACCAACAAUGCCGCUAGCACUGUCCCAUGCACUGUUCAGUCUUUCAUAACCAAGUGUUCUAUUGUCUUGUCACAUACAGAUACCUAUUCACGUCAUGUUCAUUCUUUUCUACGUUUGAAUUUAUUACAAGUAAAUACGUUUAACUAAAUUGUAUUACAAGUAUGGAUAUGUGUAUCAAAAUAACGUUUCAUAAGCUCACUCACAUGAAUGCACGUCCAUGGCUGUUGAUUACCGAAUUGUGUUCAAACAAGGAUACCACCAGCUGCAUGUUCUGUCGAAUUUCAUAGGAUCAUAUGCAUGUGGUAUAACUAAAAAUCAUAAUAAUACGCAGGCCACCUAUUUUAGAGAAAAAUCAAAAUAAUUACUCAAAGGGAAAUAACUCAAUAUUUUUUUCAGUUGAAAACACCAAAUAUAAUAUUAUGCAGUCAAUAGCACUCGUCAAGUAAUACAUGAGGGUUCGGAUAGGGUUAAAUGAUUAAAGAAUAAUGCCCUUAAAAAUGAAGAUCAUAUAAUAUCGGGCAAAAAAUAAAAAUCAGAGAAAUGCAUGGUCUAAUUUUUUGAAGAUUAGAGAAAAAAGGGGUUAUAAUUUUUUGAAGAUUAGAGAAAAAAGGGGUGAAAAUUAAAUGUUUAAAGAAUAACAGACCCCCCCCCCCCAUUCAAGACCCUCAUACAUGUAUACAUGUACAUACUAUUUGUGUUAUCUACCUCUAAUAAAACUACGUAUAGCUUCAUUAUAUCAGACGAUAUACAUGUAUCAUUGGUAUCAUUGCCAUAUUCUUGUGAUUUGAUUUGAGCCUUAUGUCUUGAUGUUUUUAAUAAAUGAAAUAAUUUUUAUAAAACAAAUCUUAUAUUUUACUGCGUACAUUUUAUUUUACAGAAUUAUUUUAAUACAAAUAUUGUAACAACAUAAAAUUAUUUUUUCAUCGAGUUUAUCUGUAUGGACAGAGCUCGGAUUAGUUAAUUUUCUAUUAUAAUACUAAAAAUUCAGUUUUAUGUUUAUUACUGUAAAUAUUUUGCUCAAAUAUAAAGAUAUAUAUUUAUACAU